GAGAUUCCGGUUAAGGAAUUCUGUUGACCGAAGGGAAGGUGUUAGGCACCCCUCAAUCCCGUGGUUCGACCACGGUCGCUUGGUGGAGCAUAUCAGCUAAUUUGACACUGCAAAUGUAUAAAUCAUACAAACACGCAAAACAAUCAAUCAAGCAAACAAAAUAAAACAAUUCAAAAUUUAGCGUCCAGUCCAAUUUACUACAAACCGAAAUAAAAAUACUGAAAUGACCUACUCUAGUCUUAAACUAUGCUUUACCCGAUGCCUCGGGCCUUGAUCACGAACAUCCUUUGUGUACAAAAUUCUUCGGGGCAUCCCCCGGUGAGUAAAUACAAAUGACUUCGGGGCAUUCCCCAGCUAAAUGAAUACACUUUUCAAAUGCAAUAAACAAAACGUUCAACAAAUAUUCCAAGCAUUCCCACAAUCCAACAAUUUUAAAUUUGCCUACCCAAACCUACAUUUGCCUAUUCAUUUCAACAUACCAUGAUUCUAUCGUGUUCCGACAAUAUUCAUGCGUAUUCCGAAUUCAACAAUAAUAAACCAAAAAUUAAUUUAGAUUCAUCCAUUUUAUUAAUUUCUCAAUUCCAACCCCACCUAGCUUCGUUUCUAUCAAUUACACCAAACAUUACUCCAAUUCAUUUCACGUAUCACCGAAAUCACACCGUCAAACACAUAAAACAUCACAACAUCGAUAAAAUUCACCAACCAUGAUCACACCACACAUAAUCACAACAAUUCAACCAAUCAAGGCAAAGAAAAGAGAACGAGUUAAGAGAAUGGACCUCAAUGCUUUUUUAUUGAAAUUACUCCUUCCGACUAGAACCGCGUCCGAAUUUCGGACCGAACCUCAACUAACGAACAAACCAACUCGAAUAGCCUUCUUUUUUUUAAUUUUUUCAUCGACCCAGAUUGGCAAAUCGUACAACGAAGACAAACCCGUACCAAUUUCGCACCCCCAGCUACUAUUUCAACAGAUUUACGGUGGAUUUUGACAGUGUUUAAACGGAGUUUGGUUGGAGUGGAUGGCUGUUGUCGUUUAGGCCCUGAACUGUAGCGAUUUCCGGUGGGUUAUCACCGAAAUCGAUGAAGAACGAUUGCGUUCAGUCGGUUUUUGCUAGUUUCGGUCAGGGGUGAUACCUCCGAUGGCGUGAUGGUGUAUUCCGGAUGUGGGUGGCUAAUUCCGGCGAGAAAUUCGCUGAAAAAACUCAAAGCGCCGACUGACCUCCCUCCGUUCAACGGGUCUCUCUCUCGAUUUCACUCUCUUUCGUGUGGGUGUAUAAGAGUGUUGAUGGAUGGUGUCUAGAAGAAGAAGCUGUGAGGUUUUUCUGUGUAUGAAUAAUUUUUGUGUGUAUGUCGUCAAUCCUCUCCGGAAGAAGGGAAUGAAUAUGUCAAUAUAUAUUGUGCAAAGUUUUUUUUUCAUGUAUGAAUUGGUGGACACCUUUUGUUGUUACUCAAUAGGAAAAAUCCCAAAAGUAUUCAAUGUAGGCCCCUCUACUUUUGUUUCUUUUGUCAAUUGGUUUUAAAUUGAAUAAAAACGUGGGGUAGGGGAAUUGGUGUGUGACGUGUCUUAAUUUCAUAGGAGAGGGUUGUUAAUUAGUUAUCACAAGAAUAUUUUGGAUUAGGUUGGUUGGGAAUUUGUUAUUUUUGUAUUUUUAUGGAGGGAGAAUUACAUGGUUGAGGGUACACAAUAGGAUAAGGUAUAAAAGGUGAAAACUAAUUUUUCGGAGGGACAAAAUUACGUGUCUACAAUAAUAGUAAAGACAUUUAUAUCAUGCUUCUCAAUGUGCAAUCGAAUAAUUCAUAACGAGAGAGGGAGUAUAAAUCUCCACGCUUUCAAUUCAAGUUUCAAAACUCAAACCACACGCAUACAUAUAUAGGAAUGAAAAUUGAAUUUAAGGGGAGACCUCAAGACCAAAGCAUUAUCAUCAAGAAGGGUUCACAAAGCAUAUUUAUCAUUGUAAAUUCAAAAUCCCUUGAAAAUAUAUGGUUUCAUAACUUUAAAACCUUACUCAAAACAUUUUCAAUAAGCCCAUGUAGUUUGGGAAAACCCUACGUACCUUAAUUGGCGAUGAAUUCAUAAAAAAGUUGAUCCCUUGAGCUGGAAUGUUUAACCCUAAGUUAUGUUUCUCCUAUUGUGUUUUUGAAAGAAGAACUAGGGAUUUGAGAGAGGAAAUAACGUACAUAGGGUUGAAAUUCGUCUAUAGGUGUUUAUGGACUAUUAUGGACCGUGAAAGGACCGUAUUGCCCUUAAAUAACACUAAAACGAAGCUUUUACACCAUUUUCCCAAGGUGGGCAACGCACAGCCCGUGGCAUAUCCUUAAGUGGGCGUCGCAUGCCCCAUCCCAUAGUUUGGAGAGUGUCUCAUUCAAACACUCAUAACUUUUGACUCCGGACCCGAAUUGCCGAACGGUCGGUGGCGUUGGAAAGAAGAUUCAAAGGGAUUUAAUUUGAUAUAUAGUAGGCCCUCUAACUUGUCAUAUUAUAGGAGUAGUAGUAGAUGAAAGUUGACCCAAGUUGAAACGUCCACUAAAACUUAAUCGAUAGAAAUGUUUUCAACUCGUCUUAGAGUUAGGGGAUUUUCGUAACCUCAAUUCAUAUUCAAAGGUAUUCCCACACAAAAGGGUUGAUCACCACACAUAUAUUAACAUGAAAUCAUUUAGUUCGGGUCUAUAAGCGUAGGAACAACGUUUUAAAUUCUAGCCCAAAGGUGCGGAGUGUUACAUAAAUAAAGCCCAAUUUGGACUAACCCACUUUUGCCCAUAGACUCACUACUAUGGGGCAUAUAUAGUGAUCUUUUCAGGUCUUAUAUCACCUUCCACAAAAGAGAAUUUUAGCAGCCAUAGAGAGAAACAAGUGCAGAUUUUCGUCCAAAAAUUUCAGCCACAGCUGUCAACUUAAAAUUGCGAUUCCCGCUUCGUUUCUUUUACGAUUGAGCUGAUUUUUGGACUGUUUGUUCCUCUCAUCUCAAUCUUUGAUUAGGAACUAACGAAUCUUGAUUUGGUGGCCUGUAGCUCCUGUUUUUCAUUCCCAAAUAGUAGAUGCAUUUUUUAGUAUUUGCGCUCCUUUUUAUUCUCUAGUUUUGGUGCUAUCUUAUUGUAUUGGUGCUCAUUGUUUGACACUUGUUUUGUGCCCAUUUUGAAGAACAAUAUUGUAACUCUUUGGUGAUUAUAGUGGAAGUUUUGGUCCCAUGGUUUUUCACUCUUCAUAUUGAAGGAUUUUCCACGUAAACUUGGUGUCUUGUUAUUCUUGCCCUUAUCGUAUUUGUAUGGUGAUUUAUUUGCUGCCAUAUUACUUUAUUUUGCUUGGAUUUACUUGUCUCCUCUUGGUUCAAAUUGAAAGGGGAAAGUUUAGAUUUUGGUAUUCUUCCGCUACCCUGUCGGACACUUUUGACUGUGCCUUGCCUUUCCCAACAUGGACAGUAUUGUAAUAUACUGCUAACUUCUAAAUAAAUAUUGCUGACCAUCACCUCUCUGUUUCGUCAUGAUAAUUAACUAGCUUAUAAAGGAUUAUAAUUUUCUAAUUGAUAAAUUGAGUGGACUUAAUUUAAUUCUGACUUGGUUAAUUUCUAAUCCUUUUUUCUUUAUUGUUACUUUCUAAUUAUCAAAUGCCAUCAGAAAACGUUUACACCAGCCAUUUGUCAGCAGCCUAAUUUGAGUACAAUUAUUUUGACCACCUCAUCAUUUCAUGGCUAAUUAAUUAUUUAUAUUAGUUAUAUGGAUGUAUUAACUGCUGCUAAUUUUUUUUUUAAAAUUCAAUCAAUCAAUGGAGUUUGAGAUUCUAAAACGAGAAUAUUUCAAAUUUGACUCUCUAUCGUUCGACAAGAAGAGAUUUUACUUUUAUUAAAGAAUAAGAAACUAUCUUAAGUUUGACAAUCCUUUUUCUUAUUUAUCAAAAUUUCAAAGAUACAUAUGUUAAGAGCUGAAAGGUUCACAAAGUCAAAUACUUUUAAAUGCAUGAAUAAUGUUUGUUUUUUAAUUUAUGAUGAGCUAAUGUUUCUUUAUUUAAUUUCAUGAUUUUCUCUUCUUUAAAUCUUCUUGUUUUAAUUUUUGCCUUUAGCAAUCAAAUUUAUGCAUAGCAGAGUACAAGUUCUUUAAGGUGCGAGACAAUAGAUAAUGAAAUAUUAUGAUGUAAAAAUAUAUACUUAACGUCACCAAAAAAAUAUAUUUAAAAAACAAAAAUUAAAGACCUAACACUAAAAAUGGACGAAAGGUUUCCGGUUUGGGACCUAUUCCGAAUAAUGUUAAAUACUAGCCACUUGGGGAAGGUAAUGAAAUAAUAUUGCAAUAAUUCGAACCCUAUUAUUGCAACUCACAACUACUCUAUUGUUUGGUCCAUUGCUAGCUAAUCGUAUGAAACUGAAAUGCUAUAUAUAAUAAUGAUAUAGUGUGACAAUUUCUAAUUUGUCAUUUAUAAAAAUGACACUUAAAAUAUAUUUAAAGAGUUGAUCCUCGAAAACAAUACGUAAAUAACACCCUUUUGGAAUAGGGGUUAUAUUAGAAUUUAGAAUCAAUCAAUGCACGUUAAUUAUAACCUUUCGUUGCAUAGAAACACUGCACAAGUAAUUUAUAAAUAGGGACCUUAUAUGUGUGUGUAUUUUCUUCUUUUAAAAGUAAAAUGAAAAGUGCAACAUUUAAAAUCAUACAUAUGUUCAACAAUCAUAGAUUUAUCCAAUAUGUUAUACUCACUCGCUUUGUCUCAAUUUGUUUUUCUUAUUUUACCUUUUAGUCAGUUUCAAAGAAAUGUUUCUUUUCUUUUUUUUGACAUUUCUUUAAUUUAAUUCCCAUGACAAUUGAUAUGCUUAAGAUACAAGAUUAAAGGACAUUGUAGUAUGUAUUAAUUAUCUUUACUUUAAGAUAAUAAAAUUUAAAACUCGUAAGAUCUUGUCAAAUCAAAACUCAACAAACUAAUUAAAACAAGCGGGAUAUAUUUCAUUUUGUAGUCAACUUAUUUGAAUUUCACCACAUACCAUUUGAGUUCAUUUUAUAAUUCCCGUAUACAUAGUUGUCUUUUAUUUACAAAAAAAAUACAUUAUUGUUUAAUCUUCUUUGCUCGAAUUGGCAAAUUGUCAAUUAUCUAUUUAUAGCGCAUCAUCAACUCCUACACUGAACAUACACCAUAAGCCAUAGCAAUUUUUUGCAUCCUUUGUAUCUUCAAACAAAGAAGAUCAAAAAAAGUCUUGUGUCCACUUUGUCCUUUACAACAAAACACAAAAUCUUUGUUUGUUUAUUUCUGGGUUUUCGAGUAGUUUACUCUACAUAUAUAUAUUCAUCGUUUUGCUCAACAAGGUCAACUUCAUAUUCAUCGAGAUGCUGAAAUUCAAGACCAUUAGAAAGAAAAUGUGGAUGUUUUCUUGCUAAUUUUUUUAUCUUCCCCAUAAUUUAUUUAUAGUUCAUAUAUAUUUUUUUAUCUUUUAGUUUACCUCUUCUAUGGCAGUUAUGUCCACAACUAUCACUACCACCACUCUCUCCGCUGUCAAGAUUGUCCCUCGAAUGAUCUCUUAUUUGUUUGCUCCUACAACUCGUCCUCCGGGAGCUGAACCUUAGAUUGUUCUUCCAUUAUUCUCAUGGCUAAAAAUUAAAUCAUUGUUUUAAUAACUUAAUGGUUUGUUGAGUCUUGUUUGAAAUGUGAAAUAUAGUUAGAUAUAUACCAAUAAUAUACAAGAAAGGACAUAAAGGGAUACUGUACGCGUGUGCGUUGAUUUGUUAGAAUGAACUUUCAGAUUUCAGGGAGUUCAGGUGAGUUUUGUGAGAAUGAGGCAAAAGGGUCGAAAGGGGUUCCACAAAGUUUGGUGUUGGAUAUUGAGAAAAGUGAAUUGGUGAAGGCUAGUGGAAGAGUGGAGAAAAAAGUUGGAAAAUCAGAAGGGAAAACAAUUGCAGCAUUGAAGAGCCAUAGCGAGGCAGAAAGGCGAAGAAGGCAGAGGAUCAAUGCUCAUUUGUCCACACUGAGGAAUCUUGUGCCAUCUUCUGACAAAAUGGAUAAAGCAGCAUUGCUAGCUCAAGUAGUAUGCCAAGUGAAACAAUUGAAGGAAACAGCAACUCAUGUUAGUGAAAGUUUCCUCAUACCAUUGGACUCAGAUGAAAUAAGAGUUGAAACAAUUGCUGAAAAUGCAGCAAUAGAUGGGACAUGUCUUUACAAGGCAUCCAUCUGUUGUGAAUACAGGCCUGAUCUUUUGUCAGAUUUAAGAAGAGUUUUGACCACCCUUCAUGUGAAUUUGGUGAAGUCAGAAAUAUCAACGUUAGGAAGUCGAGUGAAGAAUGUGUUCGUCUUCACGAAUAAUGUGAUCGAUGGAGGAUAUUGUGCCAAUAUUGAAGCUCAGGAAGUUUUCUUAUCCACUGUUCGACAGGCAUUUAGUUCUGUCCUGGAUAAAGUUUCUGCAUUUCCAGAAUAUUCAGCCUAUCCAAACAAGAGGCAACGUGUUUCUUGCUUCGAUUCUUCGACCUUAUUCUGAUCACAAUUAUCGAUGGUCAAUUUAAUAUAUCGUUCAACAGUUUGUAAUUGCCUAGUAUGGUGUUUGUUUCGUAUUAUUUGCUGUCGAAUAAUGGUUGUUAAUCUGGAUUGGAAUUUCACAAGCUACCCCUCAGUGUCCUGAUGACUAUAUGUAAAUAGUUUGUUGUGUAAUAUAUAUAUUACUAUUA